AUCAUCACUACACCACAGAACAGCCCGAAGGGACACUUGACAACGAAGAAGUGCCGGUCCCUUAAAUAUUAAGAGAACGAGAGCUUGUUUAUUCAUCGCGACGUGUCUGUAGGUGACACUGAAUCGUGACAUUAUGACAGCGUUUGGACUUUAUAUUGUAGGCUUUUUAAUUUCAGCAGGGGAUCAUUAAAUGCAGUCAUCGCAAUAGUCGCACAGGACAGUCAGUUGUCAAGCUCGUGAGAGACCGACCGUCAUGGAUCAGAGAGUUGACAGAACGGUCAGCUAGCGUUUUCUGUCACAUACUACGAGAUACGAGGAGAAACAAGACAGGAUGGAUUUCAGCACCAUUCGGAGCCUCAUCACGAGAUACUGUACAGGAGAGGAGAACUGGGUGGACAGCAGGACGGUUUAUAUUGGACAUAAAGAACCUCCAUCGGGAACCGAAGCGUACAUUCCACAGAGAUUUCCUGACAACAGAAUCAUCUCCUCAAAGUAUACGUUUUGGAAUUUCAUACCGAAGAAUCUGUUCGAGCAGUUCAGACGAAUCGCCAAUUUCUACUUCCUGAUCAUCUUUCUAGUGCAGCUGAUCAUCGACACACCCACCAGUCCUAUGACCAGCGGUCUUCCUCUUUUCUUUGUCAUCACGGUCACAGCUAUCAAACAGGGCUAUGAGGACUGGAUCAGGCACAAAGCGGACAACGCUAUAAAUCAAUGUCCAGUCCACGCCAUCCAGCACGGCAAAGUCAUACGCAAACAGAGCCAAAAGCUACGGGUGGGUGACAUUGUCCAGGUGAAAGAGGAUGAGACGUUUCCGUGUGACCUCAUACUGCUGUCCUCCAGUAGAGAAGACGGUACAUGUUUCGUCACGACAGCCAGUUUAGAUGGAGAGUCCAGUCAUAAGACCUAUUAUGCGGUUCAGGACACAAAGGCAUUCACCACAGCAGAGGAGUUUGACACGCUGCACUCUACGAUUGAAUGUGAACAACCUCAGCCGGACCUGUACAAAUAUGUGGGACGCAUCAAUAUUUAUUUGGAUCGAGAUGAGCCCAUCGCAAGACCUCUGGGUUCUGAGAACCUGCUGCUACGUGGGGCGACACUCAAAAACACUGAAUUUAUUUACGCUGUAGCCAUCUAUACGGGCAUGGAAUCCAAGAUGGCGCUCAACUACCAGUCCAAGUCUCAGAAACGCUCAGCUGUUGAAAAGUCUAUGAAUGCCUACUUGAUCGUGUACCUCUGCAUUCUGAUCAGUAAAGCUCUGAUCAAUACUGUCCUGAAGUACGUUUGGCAGGCCGACCCGAACAGAGAUGAGCCCUGGUACAACCAGAAGACUGAGAACGAGAGGCAACGACAUGUGUUAAUUCGGGCGUUUACAGAUUUCCUGGCCUAUAUGGUUCUGUUCAACUACAUCAUUCCCGUGUCCAUGUACGUGACCGUGGAGAUGCAGAAGUUUCUAGGCUCUUAUUUCAUCCAGUGGGAUGAUGACAUGUUCGAUGAGGAGAUCGGAGAGAGGCCGCUGGUCAAUACAUCAGAUCUGAAUGAAGAACUCGGACAGGUGGAAUACGUCUUCACAGACAAAACUGGAACUCUGACUGAAAAUAACAUGGAGUUGAAGGAAUGUUGUGUUGAUGGACAUGUUUACGUGCCGCAUGCCAUCUGUAAUGGGCAGAUCUUACCCGGGGCAGUGGGCAUGGACAUGGACAUGAUCGACUCCUCUCCAGGUGUAGAUGGAAAGGAGCGUGAGGAGCUGUUUUUCCGGGCUCUAUGUCUGUGUCACACAGUUCAGGUGAAAGAAGAGGAGACGGUGGACGGCAUCAAAAGAGGGAUCCAUCAAGGCAAAUCCACCUCCUCCUACAUCUCUUCUUCUCCGGAUGAGGUGGCGCUGGUGGAGGGCAUGCAGAGGUUGGGCUUCACUUAUCUUCGACUGAAGGACAGUCACAUGGAGAUCCUUAACAGAGAGGAUGAGAUGGAAAGAUUCGAACUGCUGGAGGUGUUGAACUUUGAUUCUGUGAGGAGGAGAAUGAGCGUAAUCGUGAGAUCAAGCACAGGAGAGUACUACAUGUUCUGUAAAGGUGCAGAUUCCUCUAUUUUCCCACGAGUGGUUUCUGGGAAGGUGGAGCAGGUCAGAGCGCGGGUAGAGCACAACGCUGUGGAGGGUUUGCGGACUCUCUGUGUGGCGUAUAAGAAGCUGAGUCAAGUGGAGUAUGAAGACGUGUGCCGUCUCCUCAACUGUGCUAAACUGGCUCUGCAGGAUCGCGACAAGAAACUGGCUGAAGCUUAUGAUGUCAUCGAGAAAGAUUUCAUCCUACUGGGAGCCACAGCUGUUGAGGACAGGUUGCAGGACAAAGCGGCCGACACAAUCGAGUCCCUGCACAAGGCCGGUAUGAAGGUAUGGGUCCUCACAGGGGACAAAAUGGAAACUGCAGCAGCAACAUGCUACGCUAGCAAGCUAUUCCACCGCAGUACACAGAUCCUGGAACUGACAACCAAGAGGACAGAAGAGCAGAGCCUUCAUGACGUUCUGUUCGACCUGAGCAGAACUGUCUUACGACAGCAUGGCAGUAUGACCAGAGACACGUUCUCAGGACUCUCUGGCGAUUGCCAGGACUACGGUCUGAUAAUCGACGGGGCGACGCUGUCUGCCAUCCUGAAGCCGAAUCAGGAAGGCAACAGGAAUGGAGGAAACUAUAAGGAGAUUUUCCUGGAAAUCUGCAGGAACUGCAGCGCCGUACUGUGUUGUCGUAUGGCACCCUUACAGAAAGCACAGAUUGUGAAGAUGAUAAAAACAUCAAAGGAGCAUCCCAUCACGCUAGCCAUCGGAGACGGAGCCAAUGAUGUCAGCAUGAUCCUGGAGGCCCACGUCGGCAUAGGAAUUAUGGGUAAAGAGGGCCGUCAGGCGGCCCGUAACAGUGACUAUGCAAUUACCAAGUUCAAACAUCUGAAGAAGAUGCUGCUGGUUCACGGGCACUACUAUUACAUCAGAAUCGCUGAGCUGGUCCAGUACUUCUUCUAUAAGAAUGUGUGCUUUAUUUUUCCUCAGUUUCUCUAUCAGUUCUUCUGUGGCUUCUCUCAGCAGCCGCUCUAUGACACCGCAUAUCUGACCCUGUACAACAUCAGCUUUACGUCAUUACCCAUCCUCCUCUACAGUCUGAUGGAGCAGCACAUCAACAUGGACAUCCUCAAACGAGAUCCGUCUCUGUACAGAGAUAUUGCGAAGAACUCUCUACUGAGGUGGCCCACCUUCAUCUACUGGACAUUUCUGGGACUCUUUGACGCCACGGUCUUCUUCUUCGGUGCUUUCUUCUUAUUUGACAACGCAACCUUCACCAGCAACGGACAGCUAAUGGCCACCAACACACAGAUGAUGUUUGGAAACUGGACAUUCGGAACGCUCGUGUUCACGGUCCUCGUGUUCACGGUUACGUUAAAGCUUGCCUUGGACACACAUUACUGGACGUGGAUCAACCAUUUUGUCAUAUGGGGCUCACUGCUUUUCUAUGUCAUCUUCUCACUCCUGUGGGGAGGCAUCAUUUGGCCUUUCCUAAACUAUCAGAGAAUGUACUACGUGUUCAUGCAGAUGUUGUCGAGCGGUCCGGCGUGGCUCAGUAUAAUUCUGCUGAUCAUAGUCAGUCUGUUGCCAGAUGUGCUGAAGAAAGUGUUUUGCAGAGCCAUGUGGCCCACCACCACAGAGAAAAUACAGAACGCUGACAAGCUGUACAUGGGCCACCUGUCUGAGUUCACCCCCCUCUCCUCCCUCCACGCACCAUCCGCGCGGAAACACAACAGGCACGGCGAGCAGAGCCAGAACCACACCCACCGCAGGUCUGACUCAUCCCGUCCCAAAAAACUGAUGUACGCCUACUUGGGGGGCAGACGCGACUACCGCACCUUCAGCUCUUUCCUGCGAAUAGGAGAAAACCCGAGAUUUUCCGGGGCAGCUUACGCCUUCACUGCACCAGGGCCUGAGACCUCCGUGUGACUUCAAAAAAAACACAAAAAAAAAGUUGGUUCAGUCUAGAAAUAUAACACAACUAUUUACAUGAUUCGCAAGCCAUGUAGACUAUUUUUAAAACAAUCUCGACCUGUUACCAAUGCUUUGUCUAAAGCAUCAAACGCACGCUUGAGAGCUAGCGAUGCUGCGUGUUAAUUCGUGGACUGGAGGAAGGCCAACCAGAAGAGUGUGGCGUACUGUGCUAAGCAGCCUCGGGACCUCUUUACCUUGUUUUCCUGAUGUGUGUUGAGUGGAUACCCUUUGCACUUUUAUGUCUUUGCCCGUCCCACGUCUUAAUCCUUAAUGUGAGAAAUUACUCUACGGGGCCCAGUAGCAUAACGCUUCCCCUCUCCAACACUCCCAUCACAAAAUAUAAAUGUGUGGAUGACAGUUAAAAUGGCCUUGGAUGCUCUCAAAACUGACCGUCCUGUUUGUUUUUUGUCUUUGUUGUCUCCCCUCCCCUUUCUCUGCUUCUUUUUUCUCGUCCAACCUCUUUUAUAGAACAAACUGGUUUUGCUUUUGCGCAAACCUGUUAUUGAGGAACGCACCGUAGGCUACGGUUAUCACUUCGUAAGUGGCCAAAGCCGGCCCUUUCCUUCGCUACGCUGUCUUAGACGUAGAUGUGUAAGCCUUUGUUGGAACCAUUGCAUAACUGGACUGUGAUUAUCGUUUGCCCUUUAACUUUACGAAUUAUGUGUCAUCGCGCACAUGUUCCAAAGUUGUCAUGACAACCAGUUACUAUACAGUACGUGUUUGCUGCUUGAUGUUUAGCUUUAAUUGUACAACCCCGCCCCUCUAAUUGAAUAUCGCUAUAGUUUUUAGUAUAGAACGAGAAAUGCGAUGCAAGAUAGCUAAGCGUGACUGUUCUGCCUUAACGCUGCUUGAUGUCUCCCAUCCUGUACGUCAGAGUUCGGAACCAAAGGUGAAAUACGGAGUAUAAUAAUGUGUGCUUUUGUUGCCUUACGCUUAGAGAAAUGUAGAAAACGCGUCCGGCAUUAGUAGACGAAUCCCACCACACUGCCUUAAGUUGACGUCGCACCAGCGGACAAUGAAAACGGUUAAAUGUUCAGCAGCGUUCAACAUCUUCCAGUGCCAGCAGCCCAGCCCAGGGCUCCGGACGAAUUCGCUGACAAAGUUGUCGGACGAUGACGUUUUUAAAUUCAUUGCCUUUGUGUGCCCAAUAAAAUCAGUAUGUGUGUAUUUUCAUGAAUGUACCGUCCUAUUUGACUGUUGUCAAAGCAUGUUGCCUGUAUUCUCGAUGGAGCCCUGCGCUGAGUUGUUAGUAGGCUAUGGUAGCUUUCAGCGCAUUAUUAAUUCAUCAUCAUCUGAUGAAGUCCGAUGCGAUUAGCCCGAUUAGCCCCGCGCAUACAACUCAUUAAACUAACAGCCUCGGCAAGGUCAGCAUCACAGAUGGCCUGUCUGUACUAUCCCCAGCAGUUUGUUUUGGAGAAACGUCUCAUUUCUAGCGUGCAGGAUGCAGGAUUUGAUCUUAGUGCCUCACGACCUGACGACUUAAAUAUGAUUUUCAUUUCAUACAAAGAAUCUUGUCUCAGAGACUUGUUUGAUUUAGCUCCAUUUGUCCUGUAAAUUCACGUUCGCAUUCGAUUUGAAUUGAAUUCGAAUCCAAAACUUUUCACUGUUGCAUUGUAAUACUGACAUGGACCUAAAUCAAAAAAAAAAAACACUCAGGAGUUUGUCUGCAUGACUCCAUCGCUGCUGUCCUUCACAUUCCAUGCAUGUCUUUUUCUCUGUCUCUUUUUUUGCUUUCCCGGAGCUGUUUCAUUUCAUCUCCUUCAUUCAAUCCAUCAUUCGGUUCUCACGUGGCCAGUCGUCCUUUACCCCAUUUUAAUCAUCAUCCAUGGCAGAGUCGCAAUGAAAAAGAGAGAGAGGAGGUUUGUGAUGUCAAAGACUAUCAGAACCGCCGUUUUGAUAGGUACUCCAAGAGUGAGCAGGUGUCUUCCGGUGCAUCGUAACCUCAGCGUAUACGUGUUCAGAAUUCUCGGACGCUCGGCAUACGCAUAUGUCUUAAAGAAUGAUGUAAUAGGUGUAGUUGAUCAGGGGUGGAAGUGUAAUUUAUGAUGUCAUGUUCAUAUACUGUAGUCACAAUAUUACAGAAUGUCCUUUCACACGCACGCGUUUUAUCGAUGAGUAUAUUGAUGUUAAGGUUUACAAAGGCAAAGUGGACGAACGAACAACAAGACGAACAUUUCGACAACUUCAUUUGUGGUCGAAACGUGUAUAACAUUACUCAUUGAAUGUAAAAAAAUCACUGUUUGAUUAGUUACUCUGGUCUGAAAUGUGCAUGUCCUGUGAUGUUGUAGUAAUGGACCAACCACUCAGCUUUAUCAAGCGUUGACUUACGUCAUUUUAGCUGCGUCUCAAUUCAGUUAAAAAACAUUAUAAAAUUCAUUUAUAUUAAGUCGUUAGCAAGAUUUUCUGAAAUGAAACCUGGUAUAAUACAACUCGAUGGUGUAUAUGCGACCUCUGGAGGACGCAUCCUUCGAAUUGAGACGCACAGCUAUUGUGAUUUUAAAGCACUGUUUUACUGCCCCUUAUAAUUUUUGUCCAAGUAAUAUGACGCAGAAAUAUGAUAUAAAAAAUACUAACCAAUGCUGUCAAAUCUAAAACAAAAAUUGAAUGUGCUUGUAUUUAGAUUGAAUCAUGUUAUGUUGUUACAACCCAGUCUCACAGGAAUUCGUAAAAUUGUCACGAAACUUAAAUCUAUUAAUUCGAAUUCAUCAACACGAAUUCCUAUUUUUCUGUGUCACUCAGCACAACCUACCACGAAAUUUUUCAUUACACAGACCGCGUGUGUAUGUACAUUUAUAUAUGUAUAACCUGAUACCAAAAGAAGUCGCAAAUACUUUAGGAGAUGUCUAUCCAACACCUAACCUCAACUCAAACCCUAAAACCACAGCCGCAAAGGCUAAUUUAGCUAAAAAUGCUAGUUUCACCACGUGGCAAAGCAAUGAUAAAUAGCUCCCCCAACCCCGCCCCUAAACCUGACGUCACAGGAGAAAAGUCAUAUCGUAACAAAACAUACGAAUAAGAUCGUAGGAAAUAGGAGUUCACACGAAUGAGCCACCUUGUAAAAUAGGUAUAAAUUCCCAUCAGGUUGUGUUGAUAUAUAUUUAUACAUAUGAAAGAUAUCGCGUAUUAAAGUAUUUUGAUGGAAAAAUCGUGCUGGGUGAAACGCAAAAAAAGGCAGGAAUUCGUGUGGAUGAGCACGAAUUCAUAGAUUACGUUUCGUAACAACUUCACGAAUUCCCGUGAGACUGUAUUUAAGUUAGUCUGUAAUAUAAUAGAGAUUGCUCCACUGUAUUUAUAUUUUUGUUUCGCGUUAUACUGUAUUUUCCAUAUUUGUUCGAUAUCACUGUAGCUUUGUGGCUUUCUGAAUGUAACACAAAGUGAAGAAAGCCACUUUUGGGAAAGUUAAUUUGGGAAGCCGCGAACGACGACCAUUUAAAAACUACCAUCUCUGGUGGUUUAAGAACAAAUAUCCCCUUCACAAAUGUUUCCUUUUAUUUCUGACAAACUUUUAUUUUGAAUCAGAGCUAUUUUUUUGUAACGCAGGAGUCAUUUGAACACUGAACGCUGGCUGGGUCAGGGGUGCGUUCUGAAACACUUCUCUAAUCUGUAUCUUUUAAGAAAAGGCCGUAUGAAAUAGGUAUUUUGUAUAUCUCGUGAAAACUGUCUUUUUUGCUACUUUUGUAUCUAGAAGAUGAAGAGAACUACUUACUGUUACAGAAUCCGAAUGUUACUGUUGAGUUUUUAAACAACCAAAUAGGAGAAAUUGACUUGAGUAAAGGUGAAGGUUCAAGACAAUAGCUUUAACUGUUUGUUAUUUGUCUGGCUGAUAUGAAAUAUGUUAUUGAAAGGACGUGCAUGGUCAUUGCUCAUAUGGACAUUGAAAAGACAUGAAAUAUAGUCUUUGUUUUAAAUUAAGCAGGUGUGACCAAAUAUUCGACUAGAUGCUAUAACUGAAGGCUUUAUGACUACUAGCAGAGCUUUAAUCUGUGCCAGCCUGUUAAGAUUAACACAUUAUCUGUUGCUUUUCGUUGUUUCAUCUGCACAAAGCGUGAAAUUGAUCAUAAACUUAUUAUAUAGAUAUAUAUAUAUAUAUAUAUAU